UUAAAAUAAUAUAAAGAAAUAUAUUUUUUUUAGUUUUUUGUAGCUGUUAACUAUUUAACCAUUUAUUUUAUGUGUGGUAGAUAUCACUGUAUAUAGUUUAAAAAGAAAAAUUUAAUGUUAACAUUUUAAAAGAAAGUUUUACAACAGUAUUUUAAAUUUAAAUCGCGUGGUACAUUUUAGACUAAAAUGACUGACAGCAACCAAAUAUCAACGUUUUGGUAAUGAUUUAUGUAAUAGUCAAUAUAACAAUUGCUGACAAAACGUCAAAAUUUUCGGUUUCCAGUUGUUCCGGACCAUAAACCAUUCGAAUUCAAAUUAUAGUGCGCAUAUCAACAUGGUUCAGUUCGAGGAACCAGUAGGAACACGAAAACCAGUAACGCAAAAGAAAACCCGCCCCAGGGGGACUCCACAAGCUGCGAAAACAACAGCCGCCGAUCACCUAAGAAAAACGCUUCGACAGUGGUGGCAAAAAGAAAGUAUUCAAUAUGCCUUCAAUAUUCCUCAAGUGAGAUCACGGCUCGAGAAGUUAAUGGGUACUAACUAUGUCAAUCUGACGGACCGUGUAUAUAUGCAGCGGCUUCAGCAGCGUAUCCUUGAAGACUACGAGGACUCGAUGGACAAACGGAUAAAAGUCAGAGAGGAAGAAGAAAUGGAAAGAGUGAAAAAUCUGGUGUUAAUUGGGAAAAUUCCACUGGAUCAAGCACCGCCUGAAAUGGCUCGCCACCCCAUAAUGCUUAUUGAAAACUAUUGCAACAGACUGAUUGCGGAACGGAGAGCCAAGAUAAAAAUGUAUAAAAUUAAAAUUCCGAAGUAUCUCUAUUGGGACGAUACUCCGGAUCCACCGACCGGGUUGUCGAUAGAAAUGGGCCACGUUUUCGGUCAAGAUGGUGAUAAAUUAUGCCAGCCGGUAGAAAAACAUAUAGAAAGCAGCGAAGAAGAGGAUCUUCAGUUAGGUUAUAUGAUGGCGAUGGAGGAGUUUGACAAAGCGAAGUACGAGAACAACCUGGUGAAAAAACUUCUCUCCUGUGAGACGGUGGAAGAAAUGUAUGCUCUCGCAGACGACAUCAUCGGCAUUCUCAAAAGUUUAGACGAAAACAACAAAAUGCCGGACGACAUUUCCGACUCAUUUAGUGGAUCAUAAGCCAAAUAAUAUUAGCAAUUUUUCCACAGCAUAAAAAUGUAUUUAUCUAAUUAAGCAAUAAAAACAUGUAUU